CCCGUGUUCCGGGUCAGGCGCGGGAAUGCGCGGCGGCGGCCGGCAGCGCUGCGCUCGGCGCCCCGCGAUGCCCGGGCGGAGAGGGCAGCGGCCCGCCGAGAGGCACUAGGGGGACGCCCCCGGUUCCGCCCCGCUCCGGCUCCCGCCCAUUGUUCUCCCGGGGCCGCCGCGCUCGCCCGGGGCUGCUUCCCGCCGGUGGCGGCGGCGCGCUGGAUGCGGCUUGCGGCCGCGGGCUCGCCGGGACCCGCGCUGCGCGGCGGCGGAGCGGGCAGCAGCUCCCGCGGCCGGCGGCGAGGAGGGGGCGGCGGUGAGCGGCGGCGCCCGCCCCGCGGCCCCCGGCGGCGGGGCGAUGUUCCACUGCAUCCCCCUGUGGCGGUGCAACCGCCAUGUGGAGUCCAUCGACAAGCGGCACUGCUCGCUGGCCGCCGUGCCCGAGGAGAUCUACCGCUACAGCCGCAGCCUGGAGGAGCUCCUGCUGGACGCCAACCAGCUCCGCGAGCUGCCCAAGCCUUUCUUCCAGCUUGUGAAGUUACGGAAACUUGGACUUAGUGAUAAUGAGAUCCAACGGCUCCCUCCAGAAAUAGCAAAUUUCAUGCAGCUGGUGGAGCUUGAUUUGUCUCGAAAUGAUAUUCCUGAAAUACCAGAAAGCAUCUCAUUCUGCAGAGCACUACAGGUAGCAGAUUUCAGUGGCAAUCCACUGACUAGGUUGCCUGAAAGCUUUCCUGAAUUGCAGAAUCUGACAUGUCUUUCAGUAAAUGACAUCUCUCUGCAAGCACUACCUGAAAACAUUGGGAAUCUUUAUAACCUGGCUUCACUGGAACUGAGAGAAAAUUUGCUGACGUAUUUACCUGAAUCACUUGCCCAGCUGCAGCGACUAGAAGAACUUGAUUUAGGAAACAAUGAACUUUAUCAUUUGCCAGAAACAAUUGGUGCACUUUUCAAUCUUAAAGACCUUUGGUUGGAUGGAAACCAAUUAGCUGAAAUACCUCAGGAAGUAGGAAACCUGAAAAACCUGCUUUGUCUGGAUGUUUCUGAAAAUAAAUUGGAAAGCCUUCCUGAAGAAAUUAGUGGUCUGACUUCUUUAACAGACUUGCUUGUUUCUCAGAAUUUACUUCAGGUCUUACCUGAUGGCAUUGGAAAAUUGCGGAGGCUGUCCAUAUUGAAGGUUGAUCAGAACAAACUGAUCCAACUAACUGAUUCCAUUGGAGACUGUGAAAGCCUUACUGAACUAGUUCUCACAGAAAACCAACUGCAGUCAUUGCCGAAGAGCAUUGGAAAACUAAAGAAGCUGAACAAUUUGAAUGCUGACAGAAACAAAUUAACAUCUUUGCCCAAAGAGGUUGGGGGCUGCUGCAGUCUUAACGUCUUUUCUGUACGUGACAACAGAUUAUCUCGAAUUCCCUCUGAAAUUUCACAGGCCACUGAACUUCAUGUCCUGGAUGUUGCUGGAAACAGGCUGACGUAUCUUCCCAUUUCACUGACUACGUUAAGGCUGAAGGCUUUGUGGUUGUCUGAUAACCAGUCCCAGCCUCUGCUGACAUUUCAGACUGACACAGACCCUGAAACAGGAGAAAAGAUUUUAACAUGUGUAUUACUUCCUCAGAUGCCUUCUGAAUCUGGUUGCCAAGAUAACCUACCACGAUGUGGUGCAUUGGAGAGUUUGGUAAAUGAGAUGUCAGAUGAAACAUGGAAUGAGCGGGCAGUGAACAGAGUCAGUGCAAUUCGCUUCUUAGAAGAUGAAAAAGAUGAAGAGGAAAAUGAAAUGGACUCUAUUAAGUGGCUUCCCAAGUCUCCUAAACUGUACAGUGGCCAUAACUGGAGCUCCCAGGGCUCUCGCUGGGCCUCGUUGAAAGGGAAGGAAGGUUUUCAUGGUGGUAACCUGUACAAAUUCAGCUCUGCUAAUGGAAAAUGGAGAGAAGGAAGGAUCAGUCCCGAGCAAGAAGCAGAGGAACUCGAGGAUCCUGAUGAUCAACCUAUUUCCAAGUUCUCCGGCAGCCUCUUUGAUAGCAACGAAAGCAUGCGAGAUCAAAGAAAUACCCGAACAACGCUUCAAGAAAAGCACAAGUUGGCGAUGAAAGGGAAGACUCUUCCAGGUUCUAACACCAGGGUGCAGCCACCUGUGUCAGCAGCAGGCAGCUUCCCCAGUGACAGCGGCCGGACCGCGGAGGAGCUGCGGGUGCUGGAAGUGCCGCAGCCCCCGCUGAAGGUAACCAUUACUGUGUGCAGUCAAAUGGGGAGUCUUGGUAUUAGCAUUGCUGGUGGAAAGGGCUCAUCUUCAUGUAAAGAAAGUGAUGAGGGGAUCCUGAUUGCACGGCUGCCAAAAGAUGGUCCACCAGACUUUGCUGGUGUACAAGCAGGAGACAGAGUGGCUGAGGCAACCUUUGUUUCAGAACCUGCUGCCCUCAAUGCUGGUCCGACUGAAGCUUCCCCCAAGGGCAGCCCCUCCCCGACAGUCAACCAUGUCAUAACAGUAAGUAGGAUGCCCCCAGUAAAUAACCAGUCACUCUUACCUAAGAAAUUUGUGUUGUCUAAAUGUUUGUGUUGUCUUUAUAUUAAUGGUAGUAAAGACUGGCACAGAACUCAACACAUGUCAAAGAUCAGAGACCCUACCAAGCAUUUAGGUGGCUGUCACUGCAGCUGGGACGUGGCUUCUGGAGGAGCUCAGCUCCUGGGUGAGCUCCCACAUAGCAGAGCGGAGCUUUUGAAGCACUCUGGUUUGGGGACUCCAGGGUGGUGUCCAUUCCCCCCAGUUUGAGUCAUCAUUCUGUUGUCUGGACUCUGUCUCUAGCUAAUGGAAGGAGCAGCAUUUCCAGGGUCCCUCUUUUUAGGAGGGAGAGGGUGAACUGCUACCUGGAGGUGACCAUUCUCAUCUGACUGGAGGGGGAACUUGUGUCACAGGCUAAGACAUGCCUGUAUUUUAGGCGACUGGUGAGAGAAAGCCUACUGCACAUGUCACAGAAGGCAACAGCUGAGCCUGCAGGGUGGCUUUUAGAAAUGCACUUAUUUGAACUUCUCUAGCAAGUUCAACUCUCUGAAGACCCGCCCUCAUCUUGGUCAUCUAUGGGCACCACUGAAACUAUGGCUUCACUAGGAAGAUAAAAUAAGAUCAAGGUAUCUGAACAGUUAAGGUCAAAAAGCAUCUUACUUCUAUGGAGCUUGAAGUACCAAGAAGCAACAACUGUUUUUCCUACAGCAAAUGCCAGAGGAAUGCUUUGUUUGAUUCCUCUUCUUUCAGUCUUUGUUUAAAUCUUUCUCCAUGAAUACCAUUCACAACCCAGUUGAUGGCAAAAAAUGAAAGUUUGUAUAAAAGACUGUAAUCAAUGACCAUUAGCAGUUUUUGUCAACCAUUUAGAUAACUAACGUGAUUUGUCAGUUGACUGGAAAAGUGAGCAAAUAGAUCAUGCAACUGUUUUUCUCUGGUUUCCUGUGUUAGUCACUAUUUGUUGAGCUACAUGUUGAGCUACAGCUCAACAGUCAACUACAUGUUGAGCUACAGCUUUUGUCCAUGAGAUAGACUAAGAAAAGUUUUCCCUUCUAUUAGUUGCUUAAAGAAACUUAUUUGAGGCCUCUGGCCUCCAACAUCAUCUUGUAGAGAUCAUCAUUUAGACCAGUUUUAUUUUCCAGCUUAAAACACUUUAAUCAGUUUGGGGUUUUUUGGUCCAGGUUUACCUGGUAGCUGUUUCUUAGUCUUUAUCAGUGGUGCAGGAAGGUUGAGGCUUCCUGUUAGAGGAUCCACUGUUGGAAGGGUUUAUUCAUACAUUGGCAGUGGCCUGGAUCUGUUGCAGUAGUAUCUGACUUAUAGUAUUUUCAUCCAAAAAGGAGAAAUUACUGUAUUUUUAUGUUGUAUGCCUCCCUUUAAAGUUCUUCAGGUGUAGUGGGGGGAAGAGGCAGAUUAGACUGAGAUACUUAGAGCAGAGUAUUCAGAGGGAGUCAACUGGCUGAAUAUGAUCCAAGUGUCAAAAGUAACCAAUGUGCAAGUUCUUUUGUGAAGAAACAUUUGUAUUUCUGGUUUUGUUUCUUUUUUGAAAUCAAAAUCCUGGUGCUGUAGCAAAUGAUACAUGUUAUUGCCUGUAACCUGGAGCAGCAUUCAUCAAUUUUAGGGAUUAUGGGCUUGUGGGGAGUAUCCUGCUGACUUGGGGCUGUUCAAUUUCUCAUCUGUUCUCACUUUGAAGUCUCUCUUAUUCCUCAGCAACUGAAGGAAAUCUUAUUAUCUGAAAAAUGUUUAGAGCCUGGCUUCUCAUGGGGGACUUGCUUUGCAUGUUCAGAUAAGCAGGUGGCAGUAGGACCUUAAUGCAGAAUCUUCUUCUGUGCUAGGAAUAUAG